AUGGCGGCCCUCCCACCUCUCUCCAACUUGACGUCGCGAAAGCCGCUCCUCAUCGCCGGCUUUGCGUCGCUCCUCUUCAUCUUCUUCCUCGCCCAUUCAUGGGGAUCCGAGACGGUUGCGUCCUACGUACCCUGGCGGGACCAGAACCCCGAGCUCGCCUCCGAUGUCCAGGUGCUCAACCGCGACACCCAACGUCGCCUGGACCGCCUGCGCAAAGAGUGCCAGGGUCCGGACCCAUUUGAGGCGCAGUACUCGCGUGCCAACCUCCGCAUGACGCGCGGAUACGAGGGCUCAUUAGCACGUCUGGAACGCCUCAUUUACAAGAUCCUUCGGGGCGAUCCCGUCAAGGUCGGCAUCAUUGGUGGAAGUGUUACCAGGGGCCAUGGCGUGCAGACACAUGAGCGCUGGCCGGACCAACUGUACGGGUUUCUGAAAGAGUUUUACGCACCCAAGUCGGACAUUCCUGUGAUCAACGGCGCCUCACCAGCCACCGGCUCGGAUUACUUCUCGUACUGUUUCGCUCUGCAUAUCCCAGAAGACGUCGACCUCGUGAUUGUCGAACUUGGUAUCAAUGACGUUGGCGAGCCCGAGGAUCUCACAACGAUGGAAGACCUGCUUCGUGGGCUCCUCGACAUGAAGUCCCAACCAGCCGUCAUGCUCCUCGAGGUCCUCGGCUUUAGCGGUGGAGGCAUGGGCGGGGCGGGCGGGCGCCACCAUUUGCCUGUCGCGCAGUACUACGACGUGCCCGUGAUCAACCAGCGGCAUCCGACGGCGAGUCACUUUGCACGUUUCCCUGACAUUAUGCCUCACUACUUUGACAUCAACGGUUGGGGCGAUCCGGACAUGCGCCACCUCAACUCGCGAGGCCAUCUCGAUGCCUCAAACAUCAUCGCCUCGAUGCUGCGUGACACGACGUGUGGUCUUGUCAGCAACCCCUCCUUCCGGCUGCCGCCAGCCAACCCACCCAAAGCGGUGAUCGAGAAGACAGCACAGGCGGCGUACGACGCCCAGGCCGACGAGCUGUACGGGGACGACGUCGAGGGUGCGCUGGCGACACUCGAGGCCGACUGGUCCGUGGAGGAGAAGACGUGGAUGGAGCCAUACCAGCGUCCAAACGAUGUCAAAGAAGGAGAAGAGGGCGAGCAUAAGGAGACGUACCGCCGGCCCGGGAUGUGGCAGCGACGCGUAGAGCACGGCCUCGUUCCGCGCAUGGAGUUCCUGGCGGGUUGGAACCCGGACCCGAACUAUCGACGCGCAACCUCCCGCCCAACUUGUUACAGCACCAAGGCGACCGAAGCACGGUUCAAUCUCACGCCGUCGUACGCUGAUGGGUGGGAGUUCUGGAUCCAUCCAGACCACAAUGACAAGCCAUAUGUUGUCGCGCGGGAGCCUGGCGCCCGCGUGACGUUUGAGAUCCCAGUGCACGCUGGAACGAUCAAGAUGUACUAUCUCAGGAGCGAGCGGAUGAGCCUCGGCAAGAUCCGCUGCUGGAUCGACGACGAUGAGACAGCCGGAAAGGAGGGCGUACUCCUCAACGGCUGGUGGAAGCGAGACUGGAUUAACAUCGGACAAUACAAGACGCUCGCCGAGAACCUCCCACCGGGCGUUCACCGCGUCAACUGCCUAAACCUUAACGAGACCGACACGACGGACGGGGGACACGAUUUCCGAAUCAUCAGCCUCGUGUCGAGUUAG